AUGUGGACGACCCAAGCCGCUCUUGUCCUUUUAUCAGGAUUCCUGCAUGUUAUAUCUGCUCAAGAUGAAGCUGAACCGAAUAUCGAGAGACAGGUUGACGAUCCGGAUACAGGCAGGACGAUGCGAGGUUUGGUCGAAAGUAAGGGUUACGAACUCGAAGAGCACAGCGUAGUCACAAGCGAUCAAGUUGUCAUCCAGCUGCAUCGGAUACCCUAUGCUCGGAACAGUGGGCCCUCCAGCGAGCCAAACAAGAAAGUGGUUUUCCUCGCCGCACCCCUGUUUUGUUCGUCGUCAUUCUAUAUCGACGAUUUCCCCAACAAUACAGUCGCCUUCAUUUUCGCGGACAGCGGCUACGACGUGUGGCUUGGCAAUACGAGAGGCACGCCCUACGGGAUUCGCACGACUGAUGGACAAGUUCACGACGAAAAAGACCGACAGUUCUUCGACUACACACUCAUCGAUCAUGGAGUACUCGACAUUAAGAGUCAGAUCGACUACAUCCUCGAGAGGACGGGAUCCCAAUCCUUGUCGUUUUUCGGCCAUUCCCAGGCUGCAGCGUCAGGUUUCGCGUUGCUCUCCAAACUCCCCGAGUACAACUCUCGUAUAUCAGCGUUCGCCAGCCUGGGUGGCUUCAGAACGUUCGGAUGCAAUUUCAAAGAUCCAGCUCUCAACACUGUGUGGAGAUCGAUGAAAUCCUUCGCGAAAAGCGUGCAAUUCUUUUCGGCGGAAUUCAAUUGGGAACUCAUGAAACAGAUGUGCUAUAACAUAUGGGGCGCAUGCAAGAGUCUGUUGGCUAAAGUAAUCUACGGACCGGCAUCGAUGUCGAACCACACGCGUAUCCCGAUUUAUUUGGAGCACUAUCCGCACUCAUCCUCGAUCAAGAAUCUCCUCUACUACAUACAGAUGCAGAACAAUGCAUGCCGGAACGAUGAGCACGUGUACGAAUUCGAUUACGACGAUGAGGACAUCAUAACUUCGCCGACUUCCCCGAACGCUCGAACAAAUGAAGGGACGUACGGCUCCAGGAGACCCCCCGCGCUUCCUGUGGAGAAUAUCCGAGUUCCGGUCAAGGUCUACUACUCCGAAGGAGACACUCUGAUUCCACCUUCGAACCAAAGAAAACUCAUCGAAUCGCUGCCGAAUGUCGUCGGGGAAUACUACAUCGCGAGCAAGGAUUUUGUACACGGGAACUUCGCGCACUCUCCUUUCAAUAUGACCCAUAUCCACGACACCAUCGCGUUUUUUGACUCUUACGACUCCAAUGCUCAGGCCAAGCCGGCCCCCGUCAACGUUAUCGUCGGUGGUAGUGGAAGUGGGAACGAAGCUCCGACAUCGUGUGCGGACUGUACAAUCAUCCUCACUCGCUCGAACUCGACACAGAACAGUUCCUCCCACAAGCCGCCCGAAUAA